AUGAACAAACUUAGACAACAUAGUUUCUUGGCAUUCUUAUGCCUCCUCCUUGUACUUCCAACUUUAGUUUUCGGAGAGUGCACAUGUGACGAAGAAGAAGAUGGGGACCGGAACAAAACCGAAGCCCUCAAGUACAAACUGGCCGCGAUUGCAUCGAUUCUAGUUGCCAGUGCAAUCGGUGUUUGCAUUCCGAUUCUUGGGAAGACCAUCCCAGCUUUGCACCCCGACAGGAACAUCUUCUUCCUCAUCAAGGCCUUUGCAGCCGGUGUCAUAUUGGCUACCGGGUUCAUACACGUGCUUCCGGAUGCUUUUGAUAACCUGACAUCGCCGUGCCUUAAGGAGAAUCCAUGGGGGAAGUUCCCCUUCACUGGGUUUGUGGCCAUGGUUGCUGCCAUUGGGACUUUGAUGGUGGAUGCCUCUGCCACUUCUUACUACAGCAGGUCUCACUUCAAGAACAAUAAGGCUUGGAAUGCGGAGUGCUGUGGUGACGAGGAGAAGGCUGGAGAGCAUGAGGGUCACGUGCAUGUUCAUACUCAUGCAACUCAUGGUCAUGCUCAUGGUGCAGUUGACACCUCACCUACAACACAACUUCUUAGGCACAGAGUGAUUUCACAGGUUUUGGAGUUGGGGAUUAUUGUGCAUUCUGUCAUUAUUGGAAUUUCUUUAGGUGCUUCUGAAAGUCCUGACACCAUAAGGCCUCUUGUAGCUGCCUUGACCUUCCAUCAGUUUUUCGAAGGCAUGGGACUUGGUGGAUGCAUAUCUCAGGCGAAAUUCAAGGCUCGAGGAGUUGCAAUCAUGGCUCUGUUCUUCUCUCUUACAACUCCUGUUGGAAUUGCAAUUGGUAUCGGAAUUUCAAACGUUUAUAAAGAAAACAGCCCAACUGCCCUCAUCGUUGAAGGCGUUUUCAACGCAGCAUCAGCCGGUAUCUUAAUCUAUAUGUCCCUUGUUGAUCUGCUAGCAGCUGAUUUUAUGAACCCAAAAUUGCAGAGCAAUGGAAGACUUCAAGUUGGGGCUAAUAUAGCUCUUCUUCUUGGAGCUGGUUUUAUGUCUCUGCUAGCCAAAUGGGCUUAAACUAAGCAGUCUAGG